AGUUUGAUGAGUGUACUAGUUCGCGAAUAUCUUGUGAUGACUCUGCUGUUUGAGGCUGCUGUCUUUUUUAUGUUUUAAUUUUUAAUGGGUUAUGUUCGUAACAACUAAAUACCUGAGUUGUUAGUGCUUGUUUUUGGCCUGACCGUUAAAAUCGCUACGUGUAUCUUCGUAAAAGAAACGGUUGAGUGUGUGACGUGCUGUCAGGAGCAGUUUGUCUACGAAGUAAUCUCCUCAUAUACUUCGUGGCUAACGAGAAAAGGCGGACAGUGAAAUUCAAAGGUUGUCCAUACUGUAGAACUGAAGCGAUGGACCAGGAGCCAACUAAGUGGAUAAAAAAAGAUGAAACUGAUGAAGUACAAACUGAGUUACACUUCAUAGGCCAAGAUUAUCCAUGCAGCAUGAAUGUAAAAGAAGAGUUGGAGGAGGGUGUGAAUAAAGAGUUUGUUGAAGACCCAUUAAAGGCUGGCGACCCUAGUGUUUGCGUGAAGCAAGACCCCGAAUUGAAACACCAUGCUGCUGGAUCUGAGCAUAAUUCUGUUGAAGAUCCAUUGGGAAUAUCUUUGUCCACUGAUUUUAUCAAGGAGGAUCCUGAAUUAAAUAUAACUGAGAAUACUGUGGAAACCUCAGUAAGAUGUGCAUCUGAUAGUGCAAGAUUUACUCAGACUACUGGUGGGAGGUGCAGCAUAUCAUGUGAAGAACCUUGUCACCAUAGACUGGUCCAGGAUGAGUUGGUGAUAGACAUGGAGAAGUCAACACAUGGGUUCAGUACCAAUACAGAAGAUAUGACUGUUGAUAAGGAAUGCUCAGUUGCCACCCAAUAUGACUGUAGUACGAGGGAAAAGGAAUUACAUGUAUAUAGCUGUAAUUUCUGCCAACAGAGCUUUUCUUCAAAAUACAGACUCAUAAUGCAUGUGUUUAUGCACAUUGGUGGAACGCAACCACCUUCGUAUGUUUGUAAGUGGUGUGGUGAGGUAUUUCACAGUAAUGUUGGCUUGAAAAAGCAUAUGAGAAUGAGUGAGAAUUGUCGAGUUUUAACUGCAGACAGUCAUGAAAAAUAUGGACAUAGUUAUGAGCAUCAAACCACUACCUCGUUGGAUAGCGAGGCAGAAGUUUCUGUCACAGAACACAAUGACCAGUCUUCAUGUAAGGAAACUUGGAAAGAUUCAAACAAGCCCUCUAAUGACUUAUGUAACACACACAUGACAAAUGAUAGAGAGAAAACAAGUAAUUAUGGAACUUUGUCUAUAGCUGUUAAUGACAGUGCCCAGGCUGAUCUACUUACUGCAAACAGAACUCACAGAUGUGGCAUUUGUGGCAAAUUGUUCGCUAGAGUUGGUGUUCUCAACAGACAUGUUUCCAUUCAUACUGGGAAAAGACUUCACAAAUGUGAUAUUUGUGACAAAUGGUUUGCCCAGUCACGUUAUCUAAAGGCUCACACAUUAAUUCACACUGUGAAGAAACCUUACAUGUGCGAGAGUUGUGGGAAAUCUUUUACUAUGUUAGGUGAUCUCGAGAAACAUUCAUUAAUUCACACUGGAAAUAAACCUCACAAAUGUGAGAUUUGUGGGAAAUCUUUUGCUGCGUCAAGCUAUCUCAAGAAUCAUGUUUUAAUUCACACUGGAAAGGAACCUCACAAAUGUGAGAUUUGUGGGAAAUCUUUUACUAAGUUAGAUAAUCUCAAGCAACACUCCUUAAUUCACACUGGAAAGAAACCUCACAAAUGUGAGAUUUGUGGGAAAUCUUUUACUAGGUUAGGUGAUCUCAAGCAACACUCCUUAAUUCACACUGGAAAGAAACCUCACAAAUGUGAGAUUUGUGGGAAAUCUUUUACUAGGUUAGGUGAUCUCAAGCAACACACAUUAAUUCACACUGGAAAGAAACCUCACAAAUGUGAGAUUUGUGGGAAAUCUUUUGCUGCGUCAGGCUCUCUCAAGCAACACUUAUUAAUUCACACUGGAAAGAAACCUCACAAAUGUGAGAUUUGUGGGAAAUAUUUUACUAUAUUAGGCAAUCUUAAGAAACAUUUAUUACUUCACACUGGAAAGAAACCUCACAAAUGUGAGAUUUGUGGGAAAUCUUUUACUAUGUUAGGUGAUCUCAAGAAACAUGUAUUAAUUCACACUGGAAAGAAACUUCACAAAUUUGAGAUCUGUGGGGAAUCUUUUGCUACAUCAGGUGAUCUCAAGACACACGCAUUUCAACACACUGGAAGUGGACCUCACAAAUGUGGUAUCUGUGACAAAAGUUUCACUUACUUGGACACUCUCAAGACACAUGCAUUACUUCAUGUCAGAAAGAAAUUGUAAGUAUGUGUUAGUUUGUGCAAAUAGGUUUUCGUGGUUGGUGCCCUCAAGGCCUAUAAAAUAAUGUAUGUACCAGGGGACAAUAAAUUGUACUUUUGGCGAAAUAACUUUAAAAUCUGGUAGAAUUGUGAAAAAACUUGUAAUGAUGUGUACUAUAGAGUACUAACAGAUGUGACAAAAAAUUCAUAUCUGUAGUUUCAUAUGUCAAGAAAUGGUAUUACCAAAUACUCAAGAAACAUGAAUCAAAUGUGUGUUUGUCAUUAGCACUGCUGCUUUUUCCUAUUGAUCUUGUGACAAGAAGAUUGUGAAUUGUGAUAAAUCCUUACAUUUGUCAGUAAUCAUAAGUAUCUUGCAAUAUUCAGUAUAAGGCCAAGGAAAUGUGAUGACUUGCUGCUUAAUAUUCCAAACAAAGUCAUCAUGUAGUACUUGUAACUGAAUUUUAGAAACAGUGACAGUAAAAAUAUAUUCAUGGCACUAGCUUCAUUGAGGCUAGUAAACUCAAUACUGGAGAAACAUGAUUAUAACAAUUAUUUUACUCAGAUAUGUUUUCUCAAGAGACAUGGUGUGUCAUUAAUAGUGUGUACAUUUAUGUUUUGUUGGUACUAAUCCUGCAUUAGUAAACAUAACAACAAAUAUAAUAACCUGCUUAAUAGCAUGUUUGGCCGCCUUUGGAAUACAGUACUUUGACAAUUCUACUUGAUAUGGACUUGACACAUCAUUUACAUGCUUCUGGGUGUAUGUUGCACCAGUUGUAUUCCACACGUUCAGAUUACCUAAAUGGUAUGGUCAAGACAUCAGUGUUAGUUACCAUGCUACUCAGACCAUGCACAUGUGACAAGGACAAUUAUCCUGCUGAAAGAUGCCUCCACUAUGGGAGAGCACACCAGGAAUGAAGGAAUGCAUGCAGUUGCAAUGAAUGUCACGUAGUCUGCAACUGUCAUGAUGCCUUCUGUUGCUAACAGGUGUGCCACAGGAGCCAAAGUGACUGCCCCCAAAGCAUAAUGGGCCCUCCAUUUGGUGCCAUUCAUUUAGAUGAUAGCAUAUCUGGAUGUGCAACUGACCUGGUGUAACAGGAAAUGUCACCCAUCCUGACAGUUAACAUUUGAAUUGACCUUCACUCCAGCCUCAAUGAUCCCUUGCACACUGCAGUUGCAAGUGAACAUUUUGGUGGAUCGGUAUGGAAACAUACAGUGACCAUAUGUUCCAGAGCCACACAUUCAACAAUGUACAUUGAACUGUGGGUUCCAAAACGUGUAUGGCUGCCCCAGCGUUGUUUUUUGUCAUUAGAUAUGCCACAUAUUGCCACAUCUCCAGCUUUACAGAGCAGGCAAGCUUCUGACCUCCAUACUUUGUGAAGAAGUAUAGAUGUAUUACAUCUUAUCAUAAUGUGAUGGACUUAUUACCUUUCAGCCACUUUCCUCAGAUGUUCACAACAGUAGCAAAGAUCCAUUGUACCAACUUCACCACUUUUGAGGUUCUAGUUCCCAACUGCAAUGCCACUUUAACUUGCCCUUUGCUAAAGUCAUUUACAUCAUUAAAUGUACAUGUUUGCAGCUCAUCUUACUGAUAGAA